UAGUGCUGUCGCCCCACCAGUCCUGGGAACAACAAACGGAGAGUAGACAUGCUGAACAGCCAGUGCACAUAGGAUCCUGCAUGGGUUUGCCCGACUUUAUGGAAGACCACUGAGUUAUGACGGGGAGCAUGCUUAAAACCGAACCUGCCGUUGGUUACUGAGUCGCCGAAAUCACAGAGUCGGAAUAUCCGUUGAAGAGAAAUAGUUGAGCCAGCCGGGUCUGACAGUCAGCGUGUGGGAAUGGCAGCUCCCCGGCCGAUAAAAGGCAUCCUGAAAAACAAGAACACCGGGACAAACGUCAAAUCGCUGCCCGAUGAAGUACCACCAGACACCGCUGAACAAGCCCCCGUACUCUCGGAGGAAGACCAACAGAAGAAAUCCCAGAAAUGGGAUGAAAUGAACAUCCUGGCCACAUACCAUCCACCUGACAAAGACUAUGGCCUGAUGAAGAUUGAUGAACCCAGCACACCUUACAACAGGAUGGUGGGCGACGACGAUGAUGAAGGUGCGCUGAGUGACUCUGACGGCCACGGUGGACUCACGGCUGACGACCUGGCAUCAAAGCUGGUGGCAGCUGAGGGCUCAGAGCCUCGCUUCAUGAAACAAGAGGAAGAAGAGGAAGAGAGCAGCGAGGAGGAGGAAGAGGAGCUGACUCCUGAAGAACAAGCCAAAAAGAAGCAUUUUCAGAUGAUGAGGAAGAUGCACUACAACGAGGGCAUGAACAUCAAACUGGCCCGCCAGCUCAUCGCCAGAGAGCUUGAAGAUGACGAGGACGCAGACGAAGAGAUGACGGACGACACAGAAGAGCCGAGGGAGGACGCGGAGGAGACGGAGGAGAUCAGUGUUGACCCACCACAGGAAGCUGACUCUCUGGACUCGUAGAUGAGGCUUUUCUCCCACCUUCAUCCCCGGCGUGUCGGCUCCAGAUCCAGACAGACAAUGCCACUGCGCUCUGUGUCUCUAACGCCGGGCCACACAGCAGACACCGCUUUCACCACUCAACAGCUAAUAACCUCCCGGUCACCUGUCUCUGUCUCCACUGUUCCUUAGGACUGUGCAAUAUAACCUUCACUCUGGUUUCUAACUCCCUGAAUCAGUACAACACACAAGAGAAGACUGUUGCUCCUUCCUCCUCCUCCUCCUCCUCCUCCUCCUCCCCCCGUCUCCUGUUGCCAAGAACUUCCCCCUCCUUCCUCGUCUGGACUGCCAUGGCACUGAAGAAUAUGUGAUUCUGACCCUGAAAGGAUCAAGGCCUUGUAAAAAAAUAAAAAAAAUAAAUAAAAAAAUAAAAUACUGCUGGAUACCAGGACUCCCGUCUGGCCGCUCCACAGUCCGUCUGCAGGCCACAGAGCCAGUACGUCAGCCCUGGAGGCAGCCAGGGGAAACCCCACAGCCUCACUAAAGGCAUAUCUGAGACAUGACGACAGCGCUAUACUGGGUGCACUAAAGACGGCUUUUAUUUGUGUUGUGCUUCGUGACCCACCGCUCUGUUGCUUUUUCUUUCCUCCUCGAGUGCAUAAAAGUUGGACACCGUGACGACCAGUUAGGUUGUCUUUGCUUUUUACCUGGUAAUUCAGGUAGGAAUAGUACGAAACAACUGGACCUACGUGAUCUAAAUUCCAAAUUUGACAUCAUAAACCAACAAUGCAAACCAUGAAUUGACACACGUGUGCUGUGGUGUCUCACUCUGACACUUGCAGUCAACUGCAUGGCUUUGUGCUUAAAGUCAACAACAGAUUUUUCAAGCAUUAUGCUUCUUAUUUACUCUCUACAAGCAAGAACACUACACCAAACCUCAUUUACAAUUCUGGCAAUUAAAAAAAAACAUGUAUACCUCAUGGAUCGAGACCGUAGGCCUUUUUUAAAAAAUUGAAUCCAUUGAUGAAUUUGGCGUUUAAGUUAUCUAUCAAGAGACAUUUUUAUUAGUUGAAAAAAAUCAGAGUUUAAGUUCAUUUGUGGAGGAAGACUGCAGGACAUGUUGGUAAUGAACAUUUCAAAACGUUUAGUGAAGACUGAGUCAGAGUUUUCCUGGCUGUAAGGUAACAAAAAUUGGCACUUAACCUUUUUAUGUCUUGAAGAUAGCAGGAGGGACGGCGUUGAGGUCCCGCAGCACGUGCUACUGAUUAACAGGACAGUGUCCCGUCUGUGACAAGUUACGGUUACAAGCACCAGGCGCUUCUGUAGAUCUGACAUAGAAACAACCACUCACUGUGCUCUUGCUCAAAUGAUUUGUGUAGUCGAGUUGUCAGCGCAUGGAAACGUCACCAGACCUUUCUGAGGAAGGUGCAGUCAUUGAUUUUGUGUUAAAUUCCUCGCCUAGCUCCAUCACGCUUGAUUUAACGUUGUCAGAUCUACUUAAGUGUCCUGUACGACGCAGCUUGGGAAUGUCAAAGAAAGAGUUGUUAAUGCUACUGACUUUAGUUCAAGCAGAUGUUGGCAGCGGAGUUAACCACUAUGGCUUAUUGGAGGCGUUUCAAGGAUUUUUGUGAUGUCUGGGGUUCCUGCAAGUGUCGGAAAGUGACGAACAAGUCUUAAAAAAAAAUGUUGGAUUUGAAAGUUUCUGACUGUCAGUUUCCGGGGGCUUUACCUCGGCUACACUGUGUGGCGUCACAAGGGAGAGUCGAACGAAGCACCGCGAGGAAAGGUGUGUGGGAACCCUGAGUAUGUCUUGUGUUGUGAUCUCUUAAUUUUUCUUCUGACCCUUUAAUUCCUCACUGUGAUUGAAAGUGUUGAGCUCUGUAUUAUGGAUAACAAAAAGACCUACAGUAUGACUUCUGCAAACGUCCCUUUGCAGUUUAAUUUGUUCUCGUAGUUUAGCAUUCAGUGGCAUUUUUCUCUCCGUGAUUGAGGAUAAAGCAACUUCCUUUUCGGCCAUUUCCACCAACCGACAAGCUCACAUUAUUGUAGAGAAACAGGAGUGUGUGUGGAGAUACUGAUUUGACAUUGUGUUCACUGAAUUUGAACAGAGAAGCUAAGACGAUCGGUUAAUGUUCUCACUCAAGACAAAAGGACACAGUCCUCCAAACAUGACUGACAUGAUCACCCCGUAGGUGGUUAUUACCUGUCGAAUGUGCCUCUUAUGUAUUUAUGUACAUGUGUGUAAAAUGAACAGGCUAUGCUUCAUGUCGUUUUUUUCUUUUGCCUCACAUGUCCGCUGUCUGGCUUUUUGUUUGUGCGCCUCCUCUGCCCUGUUGGGAUUGUUUUCUUACGAUGACAGACUGUUAAAUAAGCACUGAGUGUCUGUCUCAAAAAUGACGUGGGUGCUACAUCCAUGUGUUUUUGUAUUCCCGGUUUGCAUGUCCUCUACCAUCAAACUGUGUGUAUUCUCUUUUGAUUUUGUCUCCGAUCAUUAAACAGAUGUUGUUAAGAACUAG